CCUCAUGCUCUGUUUUUUUUUUUUUCUAUUUUUUUAUUAAUUUAUUCUUGGGCAAUAGUAUAUAGAUAUAUCAUGAAGUUGGUAAUAAUAAUGGAAAAUUCUUCACCCACCAAAAUCAAGAGAAAGAAACCAUCAUAAAUACCAUCACCACAUUCACAUGAUUCAUACAUGCACACUUCUGAGUCUGUCACUUUCUUUCUUCAUUGUCUAUGUGUUUUGUCUUAUUUUGUUUUCUUUCUUUUUAUUGGAGUUACUUGACAUCGCUAAGGAGAUGAACAGUUCCGGAGAUUCUUGUUCGUCGUCGUUGAUGGAGGUUGCUUAUGAUGAUGAUCAUCAUGAAGAGAUUCAUGUUUUAGCUGUUGAUGAUAAUCUUAUCGACCGUAAACUCGUUGAGAGGUUGCUCAAGAUCUCUUCUUGCAAAGUGACAACAGCAGAGAAUGCGCUUAGAGCAUUGGAGUAUUUGGGUUUGGGAGAUCAAAAUCAACAUAUUGAUGCACUGACGACCAACAACGAUUUGAAGGUGAAUCUAAUCAUCACAGAUUACUGUAUGCCUGGAAUGACAGGUUUCGAGCUACUCAAGAAAGUGAAGCAGGAGUCAUCAUAUCUGAAAGAGGUCCCUGUUGUGAUAAUGUCUUCAGAGAAUAUUCCUACUCGCAUCAACAAAUGCUUAGCGAGUGGAGCUCAAAUGUUUAUGCAGAAGCCUCUCAAACUGUCUGAUGUUGAGAAACUUAAAUGUCAGCUCAUGAACUGCAGAAGCUAACCAUCCAUAUGAGAGAUUAAAGUUUAGCUCUAACCUAAACAUUCCAUUGUCUUCUUGAUUUCUUAUUUUCAAUUAGUUUUACAAUUUUUGUUUUGUU